AUGGUUCUUGAGUUUUACUACGACUUGUUGUCACAGCCAUGCAGUGCUGUAUACUUCUUUCUAAAAUGUACAGGGGUUCAGUUCACAGGACAGGAAGUGGAUCUUCCAAAAGGUGAACACUUUACUCCAGAGUUUUUGAAGAAAAAUCCUUUUCACGAAGUUCUUUUCAUUUUUGAUGAUGGUUUUGGUUUAUCAGAAAGGAAACGUGCACAGAGUGAAACGAUUGCUGAAUUACAAGAAGAUGUAGUUGAUAAAGUAGAUGAUGAAGUAGAUGAUGAAGUGCGUGAGUUGUACCAACUGCACCCGGUUGAUCAGCUUGAUAACCUUGUAAAAUGUAACGCAAAAGUGAAAGCAUGGAUGGAACGGGUAGAAAAAGCUUUGGGACCGGAGAGGAAGGCUGUAAAUGCCUCAAUUGAUUCUUUUAGAGAGAAAUACAUGAGUGCGAAAUAA